ACAGAACACUUAUUAUCAGAGUAAAUUUUCUGUAUGAUCUUUCGUUUUUUACCGAAAAUUUAUUAAUACAAUGGCAUAUUUAACACAACCAGAUUACGUUAAAUAUGUAUGUUCCUGUGGACAACUCAAGCCUAUUACAAAUCUUUAUUUUUGUCGCCACUGUUUGAAGAUACGCUGCGGUUUCUGCAUUUGUCAUGAGGUUGAUUCUCAUUACUGUGCUAAUUGCCUUGAAAAUAUGCCUUCAUCAGAGGCUAGACUCAAAAAAAAUAGAUGUAGCAGCUGUUUUGACUGUCCAAGUUGCUUCCACACUCUUUCCACUAGAGCCACCUUAGCUCAGCCACGGCAGCCUGUGCCAGAUGCAGCUGGAGAUACGAAAGUGGAAAACAAACAACCAAAGAAAAUGUACUAUUUAUCAUGCUUCAACUGCAGGUGGACUUCAAGGGAUGUUGGGAUACCAGAUCAACCAGUAGCUUCUGGAGGUUGGCCAGAAAGAACAAAUCCGUUCACCACACGGUUCAAUCAAUUGCUUGAUUACUACAAAGCUAUAGCACAACAGGAGAAACAAGAAAAGUUGGAAAGGGAAAGGAAGAAAUUUGCUAUUAGAGGAAAAUAUAUUACACUCACAGAUAAAACUGGCCUGACUGGAGCUAUGGCCCGCAACAUUGCAGGGCUACCGUCCAGUGAGAGCGGUUCAUCUGCUGCCAUAGCUAACUUCACACCCAGUCAAGCAUCCGCUGAGGUGGAGGAGCUACCUGAGGACAUUUUCACUAAAGAUGUGAACCUAAAACUGACGACGAGUAUGGCACAGCGGUUAGCUUCUCCGGCGUGGCAGCCAACAAGCGUGUCUCGUCUGCAUCCGCUCGCUAAACUGUUGAGUGUGAAGCGCAGCCAGAGGUGCAGAGCCUGUGACCAUAACCUCACCAAGCCGGAGUACAAUCCUGGCUCUAUCAAGUUUAAGAUAGAACUACUGGCCUACUACCACGUCCCCGAAGUGAAGAUCAUAUCGUACGAGACUGUGAAACCAGGCACCAAGUCGGCACUGUUGCUCAAACUGACAAAUCCCACAGGGCACGAGAUGACUCUACAGUUGUUACGACCCGAAGACUUGCCACCUGAUGACAAAGAGGAACCUAAGAGCAUUGAGAAAUCCCUAGAGAAAUCACUCAAUUUGGAUAAGGAGCCGUCCUAUUAUAAGGCGAUAGAGCGCCGCCCGGUGCUGAGCGACGCGUGCCGCGUGGCCGCGCCCGCCGCGCUACUGACGCUCGCGCAGCGCGACGACGCCGCCGAGUACGACGACGACGCGCACCAGGACACCGGGGGAAUCGUCCUCUGGAGGAAGUCUAAUAAGCUGGCUCUCCGGUUAGAAGUGGAAACGUCUGAGACAGCAUCGCCCGGUUCGCCGGCGAGCGCUACUCUGGCGCUGCAGUACUCGUACCGCAACACUGUACCGCCCGCAGCCAACGCGCAGCCACACCGCGUGCACACGCUGUACGCUGUCAUCACAUUGCAACUGGGACUAGUCGCCGGAUAAAACUACAACAACCGACUGGCCAAACAUGGACAUCAACAAAAAAAUAUUCUAAUUUACAUAAUAUCAACAAGGAUAUUAAUGAUCUCUCUCUAACAGAACCAACUGCUUUUUGUGCUUUAACCUUAUGUUGUCUUCUUGUAGUCUAGACAAGAUGGGAUAACAUUACAGGUCUAUCAUAAGAUCAUAACAUUAAUAAUUAAGAAUAAUUAUUUAAUUAUCAUCUUGUUUUUAAUACUCAUGGUGGCUGGGUACGAAAUCAAUAUUUAUCUCAAAUAAAAUUAAUACUUUAUUUUAACAAAAUUUCUUCCAAGAUUCUGAAAUUAGGGUAGGGUUGACAUGACUGUAUGUCAAUCUGUCAUUCAGCUCUUUAGUUGUAAAUAUAUUCAGGGUUUCAUUGAAAACUAUAACAAAAUAGCCUCAGAUUGUAUGUAUAUUAUUUUAAAAACAUUUCCCCUCUAGUCGUGAAAAAUUCUUUAAUGAGAGCUCUAUUACUGUUAAAUAUUGAAUGUUUAACUCAAUAUAUCGAAUAUAUCUGCAGUUGUAUAUAAAUAAAAUACAUAUAAGAGAAUGUAUGAGAUGAAAAUGUGCCUAAUGUAGCUAUCACAUGAAUUUUAUUCAUGGAAUUCCAUUUGCGUUGUGAAUGUGUGGUAUGUUUUUGUUAUUUAUUUUUGUACCCAAGUUUAUUUUUUAAUAAAUUUUUAGUAUUUAAGUGCUAAUGAAGUAAUAUAUGUAACAGGCAACUCAGUACAUAUAUAUUUAAUGUAACACAAAGUAAACAUUUGCACAUUUUGUAUUGCGAUUUUGCAACAAGUAUUUUAUUGCUAUCAAAUUUAUGGCAAAAUAUAAUAUAUUUCUGCUUAUAAUAUGUUUUCUUUAACCCUUACAUAGUCCAUAGAAAUUUAAUUUUACUAUGAAAUAUAUUUAGCACUAUUUACAAAUAUCAUAUAAUUAUUGCAAAAACAAUAUGAAACUACCAAAACAAUUCUUUUACUUUAUAUAAGUGGAAGACAUAAUUUUCUAAUUAUUCCUUUCAUGUGCAGUCUUUUAAAACCUGAGUCUUAGCUGAAUAUAUAACAUCAUUUAUACCAACUCCAUCAUAGCUAGAGCCAACAAGAGAAAUAGGUAGGUUUUUAUCUUUUAUAUACUGUCUUAUUUUGUCCACCCUCUCAUAGUGUCCAAUAACAUACUGAGGAAUGCAUCUAUGUAAAAUAUUCACAUUAUAUGCUGAAGGUUUCUCUGUGAUAUUUAAAAUUGAACUUAUUUCUUUAACAGCUAUGUCAUAUAAUGUGGUAACUUUAACAUCAUCUCCAAACUUCUCUUUGAACCAUCUCCCUCCAAGCAUGACAGUCAAAACAGUGCCAUUCUGAUCAGGAAUACAACAAGAGUCAAAUACCACUCCCAAUAUUGGAGAAUUUUCUAUUGGAGGCACCAGAAAACCAAAAGCUGGUGUUAUCAGUGACUUAUCUGUUGCAAAAUGCAAAUUGACAAUGCCAACUGUUACAAAUGGAAUAUCUCUUAAAUCUUGAGCUAAUUCAGGGUGCUGAUUGGAAACCAAAUUUGCAAGAGAAUAUGCAGGUAUUGAAGAAUAAACAUGGUUAACUUCAGUCCUUUCCCCAGCAAUAUCCUUUAACACUACUGUACCAGAGUCUACAAACUCUAUUUCUUCUAUUUUUGUAUUCAAUUUAAUGUUAACAUCAUUCUCUUUCAAAUAGUUAUGUAAUGUUAAAGGAAAUAUGUCCAAACCUCCUCUAAUAGUAUAUACAUUCCAUUUCUCUUCCUGUGAUUUUCUUGCCAGAUCACUAAGCUCCAAAUCUUCAUCCGAAUUAGGCUUAAAUAAUGACCUUAUCAUACCUUUAACGACACCCCCAUGGGUUUGCUCCCAUUCGAAAAGUGUUUUCAUAAGAAAUUUAACAGAUAUCUCUUUGGCAUCACCAGCACAUAUUCCACAGAUCAUUGGCGAAACUGCAUAGUCAGCUAUUUCUUUGCCGAACCGUCUUUCAACAAAAUUGUAAAUAGAAUCAUCCUGCAAAUGUUUGUUAGGUUGUUUUAUAUCAUUGAGCAAAGCGAAAAUAAGGGGUUUUGAAAAAGGUGUAAUUUUUCUAAACAUACUUUUCAAACUAGAUGGUAAUAAAUGCAGAUUAUUCUUUGCAUAAAUCAUACGAUUUUUCGCUGCCGGGUGAUCCGGUCUGAUGGGUACAAUGUGCUCACUCAGACCUAGGUCUUGGAUCAUGUUCAAGGUAUUUAAACCAACUAUACCUUUUGGUCUGAUAGUUCUCGGACCCUGUUCGAAUAUAUAAUCCUUGGUUUUAAUAGAUUUUAUCCAACCACCACAGAAAUUCGUUGCUUCCAAUAGAAACAGUUUGAGGUUGUUGUUGUUGAUAAUAUUGUUUUUCAGCAAAUAAUAACCUGUAGAUAGGCCGCCUAGGCCCCCGCCAAGAAUCGCAGCCAUGAUAAGAUAUAUGUUUUUUCAAAUUAAUGUCGUUAUUUGAUGAUAUGGUCACCAUUGAAUAAUUGAUUUAUUUCGGAAAACAACACAAGUCACAACCGUUUGUUUCCCUUUUUUAACAGUGACAGGUUGCUUUUUUUAUAUAAUAUGGCGCCACAGCUUGUGCAUUUUGCCUGUCAAAUAAAAAAACAGAUUGCUUCGUCUUCUUUUUUCUUCUUUUUUAUUAAUUUUUUUUAUUAAUCUGCGCAUUUCGCGCUAUGAGGAAGUAUUAAAAAAAACGAAAGCACUAAAAAAUCACCUCCACUAGAUGGCGACUCUAGCAAAAGUUUAUUUU